CCCAAUUUCACGCGGGAUGCUGCUGGCAAUGGCAACGGCUUCAACUUGCGUCGUCUUUUCUGCUCUCUCUUCCUCCCCCCUCCUAUCCUGUCCUGUACAGGACAGUACUCCAUAUUUCGUAUCGCCAGUCUCAUCAUCUCUCGCCAUCGCUUAUCAUCUUUCAGAAACGUGUCCACCAACUGCCAAUAAUUUCACUGUAUCGAGUACUCUGCCGCCCCGUACCGUUACCUACCCGCAGACGCAAUAAACCCCACCUCGUCUACCCGAGCAUCCUCGUCUUUUGCCCUGGAUUCGACUCCACUGCGCCAACAUGGAACCAAUGCAACAGGUACAGAGUACAGGAACAGGCGCGGGUACUGAGCAAGCUAAGGUCAUGUUGGUGCUCCGACCCCACCAUCUCGCGACCACAUAUCU